UUAACUUUGUGAACUAAGGGUUGUUUUUUGAUGGGCCCUCUUGGUUGCUAUGAGACCUUUCAACAACAGCGUCAUAACAACCGCUACAACCUUCUAAUUUGGAAGCAAAUAUAAGGCGUACUUGCAGCUUAAUCGGUUUAGAAAAAUGGCAUCACUUGAGCAAUGUGAAUCCAGUUAUCAGCCAAAAUCAAUGAGUCGUGCUAAGCAAUGGACAGAUGAAGUCGAAGAUCUGUACAGAUUUCAGCAGGCUGGAUACAGGGAUGAACAGGAAUACAGACGAGUGAAGCAAGUGAUGUUGAUUGAACGUUGGCCAGAGACUGGAUAUGUGAAGAAACUUCAGCGACGAGACAAUACUUUUUAUUAUUACAACAGAAAAAGAGAAUGUGAAGAUAAGGAAGUACACAAAGUUAAAGUGUAUGCAUAUUGAACUGAGUUUUUAUUUAGACAAAAUUGUGUUUUAGUUACCAUUUUGUAAGAUAAGGAAGCAAUUAAAUCAUUAAAGACAUUACUGCUGCAAAA